AUGCAAUUAGGUGCUCACAAUUAUAUUGAGGCUAGCUUUAUCGUAGCAAAGGAGCGCCUCCGGGAAACCACCCACGAAUACCUGGGCAUAGCAGGUUCGCCAACCUUCAUAAACCUGGCAAAAGAUAUUGUCUUCGGGUCUGUCGCAUCCAGACUUCAAGACAAUUCAACAUCAAUCCAAACUGUGUCUGGUACAGGUGCAAACCACCUUGCCGCCACAUUUCUGGCCUGCCACCUCCGCCCAAGCCAUGUUUUCAUCCCUGCUCCGACUUGGAUCAAUCACAAAUCAAUCUGGGAGAUGGCAGGGGUAAGUGUUGCAGAAUAUCCAUACUACUCAUCUGUCACAAAAGAAGUUGAUAUUGUUGGGAUGCUGAAUGCCCUAGAUCGCACUGAGCCCAACGAUGUUGUCAUCCUGCAAGCCUGCGCGCACAACCCCACCGGAGUGGACUUGUCAAAGUCUCAGUGGAUGCAAGUCGCUGACUUAGAUCGGCGAAAAAAGCUAUUUGUGGUCUUCGACAGUGCGUAUCAAGGCUUCGCGACUGGCGAUGUCGACGGCGAUGCCUGGGCGAUUCGCCAAUUUACAGAGGAUGUGCUCGCAUUCGAGACGCAUCCAGGGCUGUGUGUGGCGCAGUCAUUCUCGAAGAAUUUCGGGCUGUACAGUGAGCGUGUCGGUGCUUUGCACCUGAUUGUACCGCGCCAUCUUUCGGUGCAGGGUGCGCGUGGUGAAUUAAUGGCUAUUGUGCGGGCAGAGUAUUCUAACCCGCCACGGUUCGGGGCAAGUAUUGUUGAAACGAUCCUUUUAGAUCAGGAUUUGAGAGCUCAAUGGGAAGCAGAUUUGGACACGAUGAGCUCACGAAUCCGAAGGAUGAGAUGUGAGCUGAGGCAGAGGCUGGAGAAGGAGACGCAGCAGGACUGGGCAUAUGUUGAGACGCAGAUUGGAAUGUUCAGCUACACAGGGCUAACUUGUGAGCAAGUUUCUCGGCUCAGAAACGAGUUCCAUGUCUACUUGUUGCCGUCGGGUUGGCUGAGUUUGUGUGGAUUGAAUGAUGGUAAUGUCAAAUACGUGGCAUAUGCUAUUGGCGAAGUCAUGAAGACCUAG